GCAUCUCCGCCUCUGUUUCCGAUCAUGGCGGAUCACGGAAAUGGAGCUUCUCUUCACAUCGCCGUCUUCCCCUGGCUCGCCUUUGGCCACAUGCUCCCCUUUCUCCGCCUCUCCAAGUCGCUGGCCAAGCGCCGCCACCGCGUCUCCUUCCUUUCCACCCCGAGAAACAUCGCCCGCCUCCCCAAACUCCCUCCCGAUGUCGCACCGUUCAUUGACUUCGUACCUUUACCUCUGCCGCCUGUCGACAACCUCCCGCUCGAUGCCGAGUCCACCAAUGACCUCCUUCCGGACCAAGUUCAGUACUUGAAGAAGGCGCUCGAUGGACUGCAGAGUCCCUUCGCGUGCUUCCUCCAGUCGACAAAGCCAGACUGGGUGAUCCUCGACUUCUGCCAGCAUUGGGCGCCGGCCAUCGCCGCUGAGGUCAACGUUCCCUGUGCGCAUUUCUGUAUUCUUCGUGCCUCGAGCUUGUUCUUUUUCUGCGACAAGAUCGCCGGGUCGACAUCGUCGCAGACUCCCGAGGAGUUCACCAAGCCGCCGGAAAGCGUCCCGUUUCCCACCACCCUCGCCUUCCGUCUCCACGAGGCGAAGGGCGUGAUCUGGCUGCACCGAGACAACGCCUCCGGCAUCAGCGACUCGCAACGCUUAAUCUCUGUCCUGAAAGCGUGCAGCUUGGUCGCCUUCCGGAGCUGCUUCGAGCAUGAAUCCUCUUGGCUAUCGCUCUUCGCGACGCGAUUUUGUACAGGAGACGUCGUGCCGGUCGGCCUGCUGCCCACGUCGGCCGACGAACUAGCAUCGCAUGCCGAAGCAGGGCCAUCAUCGUCGACCAUCCUCCGGUGGCUGAGCGAGCAACUGCCGAGGAGCGUCGUCUACGUCGCGAUAGGGAGCGAGGCGACACUGAGCGCAGAGCAGGAGCGCGAGCUGGCCUCAGGGCUGGAGCUCUCGGCGGUGCCGUUUCUUUGGGCAGUUAGAAAGCCAUCCGGCUCGGAAACGGGCGGAGGCGGCGGCGAUCGGCGCCACCGCCACGGGAUGGUGAUCGAAGGUUGGGUUCCGCAGCUGGAGAUCCUCCGGCACAAUUCUGUGGGGGCCUUCCUGACGCACUGCGGAUACAGCUCGGUGAUCGAGGGCCUCCAGUUCGGGCUCCCGCUGGUGAUGCUGCCGUCGAUCAUCGACACCGGAUUGAUCGCUCGGUGGUGUACGGAAAUGAAGGUGGGAGAGGAGGUGGCGAGGAACGAGGCCGAUGGGUGGUUCACCGGAGAAGACGUGGCGGUGGCUAUAAGGAAGGUGAUGGUGGAAGAGGAAGGUAAGGAGUUCAGAAGCAACGCAGAGAAGCUAGGGGAAGUCUUCGCCGACACGAAGCUCCAUGAGUCCUACGUGGACACCUUCAUCCAACGACUGAGAUCAAAAGGAGACUAAAAACAUAAUCUCCAAGACAGAAGCUCUCAAUAAUUCUGCCAUCUGAUUUCAAUUUAAUUCCUGCAAUAUGUUUGAGGACUUUAUCACUAUAUGAAUUAUUUUCGAAUAAUUUUUGAACAAUUUAAUUUUCUUUUAAAAAAUAAUUAUUUUUCGAAUAAUCUUGCAGGUAGAGUUCAACUACCAGCUUCAUUGGCGUGUAGGCUUCAUUGGCGAAUAAGCUCCGCGGGCUGGAUCAACCGGUUAAGGCGUGGCAUCCUUGCACAAUGAGUCGUAGGGUCGAAGGUCCACGGACGCGCACUAGAUGAAUAAUCUGGGCCGGCUGUGUUAAAUUCCGGAGACACCACGCUUUACCCGGGCCAGCAUUCACCGCUGAUUUACCUCCUCCUAGGAUCCCUGUGGGGCCAGGCCUAGGGGGCCGUUGGGCGGCGGGACCCGCCUUUUUGCACAGUGUAGGCCUCAGGAAUUAGCUAUCGUAAUCAUUAUACGUCCUUGCCUCUCAAUUUAUUGAAUCCAAUCAAUAGGUGUCUCAAUUUAUACGAUUUGCAAGAGAACCGUUGGGCAAAAUUGUUCAUGUUUAAAUUAAUAAAAAUUAGCAUAG